GUGUGGGUCACGUGCCGCGGGCGGGCGGGCAGGCGGCCGUUGACAUGGCGGCUGAUCGCCUGGCGUUCUCCCUGCAGCAGCUGAGUCUGCAGCCUCACGGCGCCGGCCGAGGCGGGAGAGCGCGGCCACGCUGCCCGCGUAAGGCCAAGUGUGUGUACUUGCUGAGAGGGCUUCCUGGCUCGGGCAAGUCCACGCUGGCCAGGAAUCUUAAAUGGCAGUUUCGUGGUGCAGUGAUCUUGAGUACGGAUGAUUAUUUCAUCAGACAAGAUGGGUCAUAUUUAUUUCAGAAGUACUUACUUGAUGAAGCUCAUGAAUGGAACCAUGAAAGAGCCAAGUCGGCCAUGAGACAAUGGAAAUCUCCAAUUAUUAUAGACAAUACCAACAUUCAAGCGUGGGAAAUGAAACCAUAUGUGGUUAUGGCACAACAGAACGGUUAUGAGGUGAAAUUCAGAGAACCAGACACACCGUGGAAAUUUGAUGUUAGAAAACUGACCAGAAUAAAUACUCAUGGUGUUCCAAGAGAGAGAAUUGAACGGAUGAAAGAACGGUAUGAGAGGAACAUCACGAUUGACAGAGUACUGCGUGCAGAGAAGAGAGUCCACCAUAACUGAUGCAAAGUUGCCAACUGAUUGCUUUCAGAAGAGGAGCGAACAAUGACGAGCUUAGCACAUGGUGGAAUAAUGCUAGUUCGGCAAGUCCAGGACAAUUCCUAAAGAUUGAUAAUUGCAUUUUAAUCAGAAUGGAAGAAAACUUGCUUUUAAACUAAAUUUUCUUUUUUUAAAUGUUAACAUUUUAGCAUAGAAAAGGGUAUUGUACUAAAGGUCUUAGAAAUGUGACCAACAAACUUUAUUCAAUAGUGAUUUUGUCAAAUGCAUUUUUGCUAAGUCUUUUGCUGGUCAAAGCUUGAACCAGGAGCUAUUACUGCAGACAUCUACUCCAAAUAUUCCAGCAGCUAUUUUUGUAUCAAUAUUUGUAAAUUGCAGCUACAUAUGAUAAUUUGUGAUGAUAUAAAUCAGUCUUUUUAAUUAUUUUUAACAUUUUAAAUAAUUGAAUUUAAGGAUAUAAAAGUCAAACACUUUUAUUUCCUCAAGUGUAGAUGGACAUUGUAUCUACAAUUAUUUUUAAUAUACUCUUGGGGGUGUUGGCAUCACUGGUAAUGCUGGCAUUUAUUGCCCAAUUCCCAUUGCCCCGAGUAGCAGAUGGUAAGUAGUAUUCAUCUACUGCAAUGUUUUGUAGCAGUUUCAUACAGUUGAAUAGUGUGGUAGGCCAGAGGGCAGUUAAUCAUAUCUAGUAUUACAUCAGGUUUCCAUUCCAUAAAGGACUUUAGUGAGCCACUUGGGUUUUAAUGACAUUGAAGCCUAUUGGUGAUUUUGAAGCAAUUUCCUAUUUAAUUGAUUUUAAAAUGUUUACCACUAUGUAUGUAAGUACGUUUUAUAUUGUUUUGUGCAAAAUUGUAAUAAAAUAAUUGAUUUUGUA